AUGUCAUUAUUAACUCGUCUCACCAUUUCAACACCAUCGGCUUUAUGUCGUCUUGGUCAAUUGUUGGCUAACCGACAAAUUAUCUUUCAACAACAAUUACCAGUAUUAAGUAUGGCUAAUUCAAUGAUGAACCCAUCACAACGUACAAUUGCUACAUCAGCUAUACGUCGUGAUAUUGAUUCAGCUGCUAAAUAUAUUGGAGCUGGUGCAGCCACUGUUGGUGUAGCCGGUGCUGGUGCAGGUAUUGGAACAGUAUUUGGUUCAUUAGUAGUAGCAUAUGCACGUAAUCCAAGUUUGAAACAACAACUCUUUUCAUAUGCCAUUCUUGGUUUUGCUCUUUCAGAAGCUAUGGGGCUCUUUUGCCUGAUGAUGGCUUUUAUGCUUCUAUUUGCUUUCUAA